UUUCUUUUUCUUUUUUUUUUUUUUUUUUAGAAGUUAGAGCCUCUCCGCCGGUGUUGACUGGCUGUUGCUAAAGGCUUCGACCGCAUUUAGAUUUUGGGAGACAUCCGAUCUGUGGACAGAAAGGAGUCCAAGUGAGCGGCUCGGUGUGCGCACUGACUCGGCGCUCAGCUCUGCCUUACCCUCCACAGCCCGCUGGUCCCGGGGUUUUAGGCUCAAAAAGACUCUAUUUUUAAAAAAAGAAACUUAAGCUGUGAGAUGACCCUGUCUGGAGGCAGCGAAAGAGCCAGCGACAUGUCCGGCCAAACUGUGCUCACGGCGGAGGACGUGGACAUCGACGUGGUGGGAGAAGGAGACGAGGAGGGCAUGGAGAGGAUGGACAGCGACUGCGACAGUCCCGGUGUGGACAUCCUGCACGACCUCCGCGGGGACGCAGGAGAUGAUGAGGUGGAGGAUGAGAUCGAGGUGGAGAAGGAGGAGGAGGAGGAGAUGAGGUCCGGUGGCAGUCCGUGCUGCGAGAGCUCCGGCGAGGGCGAGAAUGGCACCGGCAAAGGAGAGGGUCACGACGGGAGCGCAGCGUCAGGGGGUUCGAUCCAAAAGUCCAAAAACAGCCUGGUGAAACCGCCCUACUCCUACAUCGCCCUCAUCACCAUGGCCAUCCUCCAGAGCCCGCAGAAGAAGCUCACACUCAGCGGCAUCUGUGAGUUCAUCAGCAGCCGGUUCCAGUACUACAGGGAGAAGUUCCCCGCCUGGCAGAACUCCAUCAGACACAACCUGUCCCUCAACGACUGCUUCGUGAAAAUCCCACGGGAGCCAGGCAACCCCGGCAAGGGCAACUACUGGACCCUGGACCCAGCGUCAGAGGACAUGUUCGACAACGGCUUCGACCGCAUUUAG